GGGGCGGAGCGUCGGGCGCCAGGCUGGGAAGGCUGCGUAGGAGCACCGGGUUGGCCAGGCUGCUGUGAGCCCUAGGCGGAUGUGAGUGGAACCGACAAAGAUGGCGGUGCAGGUGGUGCAAGCUGUGCAAGCGGUUCAUCUUGAGUCUGACGCUUUCCUAGUUUGUCUCAACCAUGCUCUGAGCACUGAAAAGGAGGAGGUGAUGGGUCUGUGUAUAGGGGAGUUGAAUGAUGACAUAAGGAGUGACUCCAAAUUUACAUACACUGGAAUUGAAAUGCGCACAGUUGCAGAAAAGAUGGAUACCAUCAGAAUUGUUCACAUCCAUUCUGUCAUUAUCUUGCGACGUUCUGACAAGAGAAAGGACCGUGUAGAAAUUUCUCCAGAGCAGCUGUCUGCAGCCUCAACAGAGGCAGAAAGGUUGGCUGAACUAACAGGUCGUCCCAUGAGAGUUGUUGGCUGGUAUCAUUCUCACCCUCACAUAACCGUUUGGCCUUCCCAUGUUGAUGUUCGUACACAAGCCAUGUACCAAAUGAUGGAUCAAGGCUUUGUAGGACUUAUAUUUUCCUGUUUCAUAGAAGACAAAAACACAAAGACUGGCCGAGUACUCUACACUUGCUUCCAAUCCAUACAAGCCCAAAAAAGCUCAGAGUAUGAGAGAAUUGAAAUCCCAAUCCAUAUUGUACCUCAUAUCACCAUUGGAAAGGUAUGCCUUGAAUCAGCAGUAGAACUGCCAAAGAUCCUAUGUCAGGAAGAACAGGAUGCAUAUAGAAAGAUUCACAGCCUUACACAUCUGGACUCAGUAACCAAGAUCCAUAAUGGCUCGGUGUUUACCAAGAAUUUGUGCAGUCAGAUGUCGGCAGUCAGUGGGCCUCUACUACAGUGGUUGGAGGACAGAUUGGAGCAAAACCAGCAGCAUUUGCAGGAGUUGCAACAAGAAAAAGAAGAGCUUAUGGAAGAGCUGUCUUCCCUAGAAUAAAGCAAGAGGACAAAAAUGUGAUAAUAUUGUUUUUCAGUUUGUGUACUGAAUAUGGUUCAAAACUAUAUACAACUCCUAUGUAGGCAGAUAAUUCAGGAGCACUUUUUAUAUCCCAACAAAUAGUUUUAUGUAUAUAAAAAUAUAAGAUGUCUUCCUAAAACUUCUCCAGAGCUUACAGAAUUCUCUUGCCUACAGUUGCUGUAAAAGAAAACAUGCAGGAUGAUUUACAGAAUAUGAAAGUUAUUUUGUAAGGGUUAUAAGACGUACAUUAGCAAGGAAUAUCUGGGAAUAAAAUGUUUGAUAAGUUUAUUCUAAAGAACAUUUAUUCUAAUUUUGACCCGAAAUGUCAAUGUGCAUCCCUAUUUGCCCUGGAACUCAGUAUGCAUACCUCACUAAGCUGCCCUCAAACUCAGAGAUCCACCUGCCUCUUCCUCUGUAGUGCUGGGAAUAAAGAUGUGCACCACCUACCAUGCUUGGCAUUAAAUGCCUAUUCUUAAUGAAAAUACCUGACCUAAACUUUUUUUUUGAGACAAUGUCUCAUUAUGUAGCUGUGGCACAUCUGGGACUCACAAAGAUCCACUUCCCUCUGAAUUAAAGAUGUGCACCAGCAACAUAAACUUUUUAGAAUUUUAAGUCUUUGUUUUUAUUUUCAGAUAUCCAUCCUGUAUAAUUUAAAGGAAGAACACUUGGUAUUUCAAUUUUAUAGUUUGAUAAUUUUGUUAGGCAAGUAAAUCAUAAGUACUGUAGGGUUAAUGGAAAGAUGUGCAGGACUUAAGGGUACCCACCUCUGUUGAUUAUUCUCACUUAGAAUCAUGUGUUAGGACUUCCUUCUUGAUCUCUAAAUACAUGUUAUGAGAUAUCUAAAUUUGAAUUCUGUGUGGAUGCUCUCUUAAGCAAACAAUUGAGUUAUAGCUUAUUUGAGUCUAAAGCAAAUUCUUACUGAUCCUGUAUAUCUAAGAUUUAAUUAUAAUAUGACCAUGACUUUUUAGGAUUUAGGUUAUAGUAGAAAUCAUACUUCAAAAAUAUGAUGAUUGUAUUUUAUUAUUCAUUCAUAUGUAGACAUUAAAUGUAUAUUUGUGUAUUCAGAAAAAUGUUGAGCCUUUUGCAUACUGGAAACUGAAAUGGGAAUUAGACAAAAGAGUAUGGAAAAAAAGAGUAUAAAGAAAGAAAACAUUAUCAGUCCCAACCAUAGUGAUAACUGGGGGUUUUGGUUUGUCUUUUUAUUUUUCCAUAGAUUAUUUUUCAAAAUCCUAGAAAUACUUGCAUCAAAAUCACUUGCAGUUCAAAGUUCAAAUUCAAUCUUUGAGGCUAGAACCCAGAAAUCUAUAUGACCUUCUUAGCUGAUUCUGAAGCAUACUUGUAUUUGAAAACAAAUAUUCUUAGAGCAUAUGGAAUGUAAAUGCUGUAUUUUCUCUAAUUUCCUUCCACCAUAAUUGUUCUUUAUUCAUUUUCUUUUUUUAUAGGGCAGAUGAAAAUACUGGGCAUAUAAUUUUUUAAACUAAAUCAAUUUUGAAUAAUAUAAAGGUGGAGGGCCCACAUUAUAUAACUUCAAGACUUACUAUAAAGCUGCAGUAAUCAAGAUGCUAUGAUAUUCACAGAAGAAAAGAUGUAUAAAUCAAUGGAACAGGAAAGAAAAUUCAGAAAUAAACACAGAAUAAUAUGCUUAAAUGAUCAAGAAGAAAGGACAGUCAUUUCAACAAAUUAAAUUUUCACAAAUUAACAAAGUAUCUUAUAAAAGUACCUCAAAAUGUGUCAUGGAUUUAAAUGUAAGCUGGAAAACUUAAGGGAAAAAUCAUUUAAAAAUUUUUUUUAGAAGUCAGGUAUUAAUCUUCAACUCAAAAGGCACCAUCUAUAAGAAAAAGAGUAGAUAUUUGGACAUCAAAAUUAAAACUUUUUAUCCCACAAAAUAUUAAGAAGAAGAAAGGUAAACCAUGUAAUAUCUUAUCAAUGGAAAAGAUAAUAUGCUCAAAACUCAAAAAUAAUCCCAGUAGAAAAUGAAAAAAGACAUUUUUACUAAAGAGGGUAAAUAGAAGUAAUUAUAUGAAUAUAUAUUGACCCUCAUAAGUCAUUGGGAAAUUCAAAUUAAAACAACAAUGUGGUAUGAUAUUAUCAUAAUUGCUAAAGAGAAAAUUGUGAAAAUGCUAAGUACUGUGGAGAAUGCAAACAAUGACAGGAAUGUAAAAUACAGCUACUGGGUAGAAGAGUGGAAAUUUUUAUAAAGUUAAGUAUACACUUAUCAUGAUCCAGCUGUCAUACUGCCUUGACACAAAAACUUUUACAGAAUUUUUCAUGGCAACUUUAUCUGUGAUAGCUGCAAAUUAGAAGCAACCCAAAUGUUCUGCAGUAGGUAAAUGGCUAAUCAAACCAUCCCUACCAUGGAAUAUGACUCUGUAGUGGAAAGGAACAUAUUACUAAUAUAAUUUAGAUGAGCCUUGGGGCAUAUAGUAAAUGGAAAAAAGUGAGUCUUAAAAGGUCACUUACUAUAUAGUUGCAUUUCUGAAGCGUUGUUGAAAUGUCAGAAUUAAUGAAAAGGAAGAACAGAUUAAUGAUUUCCAGAGUCAGGGACUGGACAUUAUAUAUGCAUUGUUAAUACAGUGUAACAUAAGAGUUCAUUUAGGCUGAUAAGACAGUUUUGUAUCUUAAAUUUAGUGUUUAGUACAUAAAUCUGUUCCUGUGCUAGCAUUUUAUAGAUUUAUAUACAUAAAAAUACAUGUAAAAUCUAGCAGAAGUGAAUAAAGUCUGUAGCCUAUUACUCAGUGUUAUACCAUUACCAUAAUGUUGGUUUUGAAGUUCUAUAGUUGUAGAAGAUCUUACAAGUAGGAAAAACUGGGUAAAGGGUAUGUGGGAUUUUGUACCAUUUUUUACAAUUUCUGGUAAGUCUAUAAUUUUGCAAAAUAAAAAUUUAUAGGUUUAAAUAAUAAGAAGUAAGGUUCUUAUGAAAUAAGACUGAUUAAUGAGCCAUGUGUAGUGGCACAUGCCUGUAAGAAUUCAGGAGGUUGAGGUGGAAGACUUAUCACAAGUUUAGAGCCAGCCAGUUGGGCUAAACCUUGUCUCAGAAAAAACAAAAGGGAGGAGAGAAGGUAAUAUAAAGAAGACCUUGGAGGGGGAAAUAAAAUGAUUUGUAUAUUAGGCCAACUAUGAAUACAAGUUUGUUUCAUUUUCAUAGAUAAAAUGAGAUUAUAGUAGACCAUGAAGGUUACUUUUCAGUGUUUAUAUUUUAAAAAUGUUGAUCAUCAGAAAGAACAAUGAUCUGCAUGAGAUGUGAUUAUUUUCCCAAUUACACCUAAGUAGUUUACCUUUACACAAAAUAUUGCAUUCCAAUACACAGCCUUGUAUCCUUUCUGCCUUUUCAAUCACAAUCAAAACUGAUUGGAACAAAAGGUACUUGUUUAGAUAGGUGUUUUCUCCCUCUUUUUUUUUUUAAGCCUGUCUUGAGAUAGGGUCUUAUGCUACAGCUCACGUUGGCCUCAAUCUAGAAGUUUUCUUUUUUCUUUUUUUUUUUUUAGUUUUUCGAGACAGGGUUUCCCUGUAGUUUCUAGAGCCUGUCCUGGAACUAGCUCUUGUAGACCAGGCUGGCCUCGAACUCAGAGAUCCGCCUGCCUCUGCCUCCCGAGUGCUGGGAUUAAAGGUGUGCGCCACCACCGCCCGGCUAGAAGUUUUCUUGCCUCUGUCUCCUGAAUGCUAAGAUUACAGACAUACAACACCAUGCCUGACUGCUUCCUUAUUUCCUAUACUUGAAACCUGCAUUCUGACCUUGACUACAUUGCCUUUGAAACCAUUCCUCCUAAAGUUACCGAUAACCUCCACAUAGUCAAACUCAUAUUCUUUUAUUUUUUUUUUUUUGAAAACUGCCAUUAAUAAACCUGUGGCUUGACACAGUUGGUCCUUCUUCCAAAUUUACCACUUUGUUAUGAUGUAUUGAGUUAUUUUCUAUACCCUAUCUGUCCCCUCUAAGAAUUCAUUCAUACCCUUCUCCAUGCAGUUACAAGCAAAUCCAUUUCUCUCUCUACACCUGUCUGAAUUCCAGACUUAGAUUUCUAGCUACCCAUUAUAUAUUUCCACUAAGCAGUCUUAUUACCACGUUGAAUUUGAUAAAUCUAAAUUCGAUAUGUUUAUGCUUCAACAUAUAUAUUCUUUUUUACUUUCUUACCUCAGUGAAGGGGAACAUCCAUAUGCACAAACUGGAAUCCAAACAGGCAACCUCAACAUCUCUGUCACCUUUUUCACUGUUUGCAUUGGGACAGAGUUACAGCAAUUUGGAUUUUUUUUGUAAUCUAAUCAGAGUUGGAAUGUAUGGAAUAGGUAUUAUGAGGAGGAAUGCAUGGUGCUUAGUGGCUGGGUUACUUCAUGAAGGCCUAAGAGUUCUUAUCUUUGUAGUAGGGCAGGAGCAAGAUCUAGUGAAAGCUGUCCUGUGUCAGUACCCUCACAGUGAAGAGGAGACAAUGAUCUCUUACAUUAAAUAAAAUAAUGCGUUGAGGAAAAUUGAAGCAAGCUUUUUCAUGCUUGAGACAUUUUUUUACAGAUACGUAAAAAAAAGGAUAAAAUUACCCCCGUGAUGUUAAAUGGAAAUAGAAAGUUAAUAUGAUUGUUUAAAAAAAGAAUUACGUUUGUCAUUUGAGAGAAUGAGUGGUAUACCUGUAUACCUCCAAUUCUUACCUCUGCACAUUGAGAGGGAAUAGAAAUGGCACUAGAGUAGCUAAUGAGGACAUCUGCCACCAAGUUGCUGGACUUCAAGUACUAUUCUCCACUAACAGUGAAUAGAAUGGACUCCAGAAAUGAGUGCAUUUGUAUAUGGUGAACUGAUUUUUAACAAAAAUAACAAGACAAUUGAAUGGGAGAAACAACAGUCCUUUCAACAGCUGGUGAUCUGACAAAUAAAUAUCUGCACAGAAUAAUGAAGCUGAACCCUCCACCCCAUAUCAUGCAUGAGUGGUAACUAAUAAUGUGUUAAAGAUUUAAAUGUAAGAAUUUGUAACUAUUAAAAUAUUAAAACAGUAAA